CAACUCGGAUAUUGGAACUUGGAAGGAACUCCACUGCCUCUCCCUUCCCCAUGUUGGUUCAAGUUGCUAUUUUCCCUUUUCACGCGUCAGCCUUCCUGCUCUUCACACUGCACACUCUGACAUUGUUUUGAUAGCCUUGUCAGCGGGCCAGCCAUUCGUUUACUGUAUUCCAUUCCUUGCUGCAUCAUCCCGCCCUCAUCUCAUCCGGCCCGAAAUCCAGCUCAAUCCAGCCUUCCAACCACCGAACCUCCGGUCAGCUUCAGCCAAGUUGAGGCUGUGAGGCCUUUCCACAUCAUCCCUCCGCCAUCAUACUCCUCAAGUCGCAGGUCGAUCGCCGUGGCGUUGUUUUGACACCCUCACACUUCUUCGCUGGCCUGUCUGCCUCCAUCACUGGCCUACACUGCUGAGGGAAUAUUGGGAGCAACGACAGCCCGCAAGUGCACAGGAGCAGGACCCCGUGACAGCAAACUCCGAGUGGAGGACCAUCUAUAACUUGGGAAUAGAGAGCCCCGUCUCUAGCAGAGUGUGCCGUCCUCUACAUCCGUCAAAAUGUCCAACAAGAUGGUCAAGACCGUCCUCUUCUCUCUUCUUGCCAGCACUACUCAUGCGUUCAUGCCUGUGGACAUCCAGGCCAUUCCUUCCGAACUCGAGUCAAAUGGCUGGUCUGCCCUCACAACAUUAGAACCCAUCACACCUUCACCAUCUCCUCCUACACCUCUAGCGACUGUCACACCUACUCCAGAUGUCCAGGUCCUCCCCGUCCUGGAUCCGAAUAUCAUUCCGGAUCUUAAACGUCAAGUUACCGGCCAAGGCACUGGACUGGCAGCCACGGCUAUCGGCCAAAUCUCGCCCAUCACCACAUACUACGCUAAUUCUAUGAAGGAUGGUACCGCAGUCCAAGUCCCUGUUGUAUAUACGCAGACUUUUGCCCCUGUUCCUGACCAAUGGCCAUCAGCCACUGCUGGAGAGAUUGGGCUUGGUACGAUUCAAGGCACGGUUGGCGUCGUCAAGUCGAAGAGAAGUCUGCCCACGCAAGUGGCCUUGGUAGCCAAUGAGGGCACGACACCGGAAAUUCAGACACAAAGCGAGAAAGAGCUGUCUCCUGCAACAGAGCCGGUCGGGGAAGUAGCUAAGACAAUUCAGGAUGACAUUCAUACUUUGGCGGACAAAGCUACGGCUGAGGACCCGGAAAUGUCAGAUGAAGAACUCAACGAGGCUCUCGAGUGUGGAAUGGGCUGCACGACGCUCCAUGUGAGCAAAGAUGGAAGGACUGUAACUGCUGACUGCAAAUGCAGCGCCAAUGCCGGACAUGCGUUCGGAGUCGCAGGGUUGACUGUGGUGGCGGUGGGCAUCGUUACGGCAUGCUUGAAUUUCUUGUGAACGAUACCCCAGUGUGUUUGAAAGGAGUUGCGAUGAGAGACUGGUUAAUGGAACGCAUGGUCACCCGAGUCAAUGGUCACUCGGACGGCGAACAUGACAUGGGUUUAGGGGGUGGAGCCUACUUCUGAUGUUUGAUUGCAUAGGAAUUCGGCUGGCCGCCAUGCGUGAGCGUCUAUGGUAUUGUUAAGUACUGGAAUGUACAACUCUUUCCAGAGACAUAUCUCUAUCAGGAAUGAAAUCGGUUAACAAGGCCGAUAUCAAGAUCGCUCCGCACUCCGAGUGUGACUACGGGGUGCCAAUAGACUUAACAGCAGAAGUAUUGGUGAAACAAAGGGCUUCUCGUAAAUCGAG